AUGGCCCCAUUGGAAGUUGGUUCGAAGGAGGAAGAUGAACAGGAACUGGGGCCAUUAGAUGGGGAUGACAUGAAUCCCCAGGAGUGUCCCGAGAGCCCAGGGACUGAGGAAGACACAGUCCCAGGGGCAGAGGAUGUGUCUCCAGAUUCUCUAGGUAUUCCGAUGGGUCUUUCUUCUUGUUCCAAUGAGGUCCUGACAGUUGUCUUGGUCCUGCUGUUCCUGUCUUCCACUGUUUUGUGCGAUUGCUUAACCCCAACCUUACCCCCCAGAUCUAGACUAAGAGGUUCAGAAGAACUAAAAGACAACUAUCCUACUGGAACUAAUUUGAGAUUAGUUUGCAUCCCAGGUUAUGAAUUUAUAUCUGGAGCGCGUCCUCUUCUGACAUGCUCUGCAGAUGGAACGUGGACGAAGAUUACUGAAUUAUGUCAAGGAAAGAGAUGUCCAGUUCCCCAUUUAGAAAAUGGAAGAAUAACAUUGUCAGAUGAUCUCCGGCUUGGUGAAACAGCAACCUUGAGCUGCGAUUAUGGAUUCAGAAUGAUAGGUGAAGGAACCCUUCGAUGUAUUCUAAGAGGAGGCGAAGUUAGGUGGCACAGAGACGUUCCAUUCUGUGAACAGAUUCCUUGUGGUCGCCCUGCUAUAAUUUCCAAUGGAAGGUAUGAUGCUAAUCCUAGCGAUACAUAUGUUGUGGGCUCAUCUAUUGCAUACCGGUGUGAUGCUGAUUACUCCCUUAUUGGAAAAUCAACAAUUACCUGUGUAGUUGCAGCUGAUGGUAACAAUGGACAGUGGAGUCCACCACCACCUGAAUGUAAAAAAGUCAGUUGUUCAAAACCAAGCAUCCGAAACGGGAGAUUGGCAACUCUAUAUAAACCUAACUAUACAUAUGGUGAUAGUGUAACACUUGAAUGCAAUCCUGGCUAUACUUUGGUAGGGGCCUCUUGGGUUAGAUGUGAUGCUGAUAAUACAUGGAAGCCUUCACUUCCACGUUGUGACAAGACUGUAGCAACUACCAAACCAACUAGACCUCCUAUUCCUCCUGUCCCUCCUAUUGAUCCUCUUCCACCCCCUGCUCCCCCACCAAUUCCCCCUACCCUUGCUCCUCCAGAAGUAGAUGAGACUACUUUCACUCCAAUGUCCCCAACCCAAAGAGAAACAAUUCCCACAGUGGGAUCAGGAUCAGGAUCAGGAUCUGCCAAAAUUGUUGGAAUUGUUUUUGGAAUUAUUUUUGCACUUAUAGUCCUGGCUGCUUUGACAUUUGCAGCUGUGAGGUGGUGGAAACAGAAGGAAGCUAAUGCUCCUGUUAAUAGUCAGGUAGCUUCAGAGAAAGAAAAAACGAUGGGUGAUCGGAGACCACAAAAAUUUCAAAAUAAAACUUCAGGAAACGUUCAAAAUUUUUCUGCUUUAGAAUUGAAACCAGGGACUCCGUGA